UAUAAUACAUGUUUUUAUAAUGAACUUGAAUUAUAACUUUAAGCUCACUGAUAACAAUGCUCAGUAUAAAAGAUAACUUGUAUAACCAGUGGAACAUAUUUCACAGACAAGGAACUUAUUUCACCAGAAGAAAGGAAAGUGUGAGCUAGAAUGUGGAGGACACAAUCUCAGCCAUUGUGCAAACAGAUUCUGAAACAAAAUGGCUGUUUGUUUACACGGAGAUGGAUGUCUUCAGGAUUACCUGGUGUUCUCGCUAUCAGGAGAGAAACAAUUAAUGUAUGGGAAAGGAGAGCACCAUUGGCACCUAAACAUGUUAGAAAGCUGGUAAAAGAUGGUAUUAAAGUAAUAGUUCAACCAUCAAACAGGCGGGCUUAUAAUAUGCAGGAGUAUGCUAAGGUUGGAGCUACAAUUCAGGAAGAUAUGUCUGAGGCAUCACUUGUAAUGGGCGUCAAGUCUGUUCCUAUAGAUCUUCUCUUACCUGACAAAACAUAUGCUUUUUUCUCUCAUACAAUCAAAGCUCAGGAGGCUAAUAUGCCCUUGUUAGAUGCUAUCAUGGAAAGGAACAUAAGAUUGAUAGAUUAUGAGCGCAUGGUGGACGAGAAAGGACAGAGAACUGUUGCCUUUGGAGUGUAUGCAGGAGUAGCUGGAAUGAUAAACAUACUUCAUGGUUUGGGAUUGAGACUUUUGGCUUUAGGGCAUCAUACACCUUUUAUGUAUAUUGGACCCAGCCAUAAUUACAGAAACACAGAACAAGCAAGACAGGCAAUUCGUGAUGCUGGAUAUGAGAUUGCCUUGGAAAGAAUGCCAAAAUCUCUUGGACCUUUAGUUUUUGUCUUCACAGGAUCUGGUAAUGUUUCUCAGGGUGCACAACAAGUGUUUCAAGAAUUUCCACAUGAAUAUAUUGAACCAGAACAUCUACCCAAAGUUGCCAAACAUGGUGCUACCAACAAAUUGUAUAUAUGUGUUGUAAGCAGAGAAGAUCACUAUAUUCGCAAAGAUGGUGGAAAAUUUGAUCCUGAAGAAUUUGAACAGCAUCCAUCCAGAUAUGGUUCAACAUUUGCCUCAAAGAUAGCACCAUAUGCCUCAGUUAUCAUAAAUGGAAUUUACUGGGCUCCAACAGCACCAAGAUUGAUAACCAUCCCAGAGGCUAAAAGUCUCCUUCAAACACAGUCGUUUCCAUGGAUUCCAUCCAGUUCAGGUUGUCCACAGUUACCUCAUCGUCUCAUUGCCCUCUGUGAUAUAUCUGCUGACCCUGGAGGUUCUAUUGAGUUUAUGAAUGAAUGUACCACUAUUGAUAAACCAUUUUGUUUGUAUGAUGCUGAUCAAAAUAAAGAAACAGACAGCUUUGCAGGGAAGGGUGUAUUGAUUUGUUCUAUAGACAAUAUGCCAGCUCAGAUCCCAAAAGAGGCCACAGAUUUUUUUGGUCAUUUAUUGUUUCCUUACGUAAAAGAAAUGUUAAAGUCUGAUGCAACAAAACCAUAUGAAGAUUUUGAUACAACUCCAGAGAUUAAAAAUGCAGUUAUAGCUUCUAAUGGAGUAUUAACACCGAAUCAUGAAUACAUUCAAGAACUAAGGAACAAAUUCACAUCUUCUCACAAGUCAAAGAAGACUAGCCCUGAACAAAAGAGAAUUCUUAUAUUGGGAUCAGGAUAUGUAUCUAGUACAGUCAUAGAAUAUCUAAACAGAAAUAAAGACUUCAUUGUAACUGUGGCCUCCAAGUUUAAAGCUGAAUUGGAUAGUUUAUCAAAACAGUACCCACAGAAUGAAAUGUUGUUAUUGGAUGUAUCCAGAAAACAUGAAGAAUUUGAACAUCUUGUUCAAGAAAAUGACAUCAUAAUAAGCUUGUUGCCAGGGCCGCUACAUCCAGAAGUAGCCAAACUUUGUAUCAAGCACAAAAGAAAUAUGGUCACUGCUAGUUAUGUUUCACCGGAGAUGCAACAUAUGCACAAAGAUGCAGUGGAUGCAGGGAUUACUAUUAUGAAUGAAGUUGGUGUUGAUCCUGGUAUUGACCACAUGUUAGCUAUGGAAUGUUUUGAUGAUGUCAGGUCCAGUGGAGGAAAGAUAACUUCUUACAUUUCUUGGUGUGGAGGAUUACCUGCCCCUGAACAUUCAGACUCACCUUUAAUGUACAAAUUCAGUUGGUUCCCAAUAGGUGUGUUGAAAAAUUGUUUAGCAGGAGCAACAUAUCUAAAAGAUGGCCAGAAAAUAGAGAUUCCUAGUGGUGGGCUGUUGGAUGCUCCAGAAGACUUGACUUUUAUGCCUGGAUUUAACUUGGAAGGUAUCCCCAACAGAGAUUCCACAAAAUAUACUUCACUUUAUGGUAUUGAGUCAGCUAAAACUAUGUUGAGAGGAACUAUAAGAUACAAGGGAUUCUGCGAUGUAAUUCAGGGUCUGGUUGAUCUUAACCUACUUAGUUCAGAAGAAAACUCCUGUCUUCAUCCCAAAGGACCGGACAUGACAUGGAAAUCUUAUGUUUGUGAUGUUAUGGGUAAAUCACCUGAUACAUUUUAUGAUUCGGUGAAAGACAUGGUAUUUGAAAGGGUUGGACAUUCAGAAAAAAAGUUGCAGACAAUAAUUGAUCUUGGAUUACUUGAUGAUCAAGUGAUUGAUAAGAAAGGAACUCCUAUCGACACUUUAUGUCAUUACCUGGCUAAAAAAUUAGCAUACGAACCCAAUGAGAGAGACAUGAUAUUAAUGCAUCAUAACAUUGGUGUGGAGUGGCCUGAUGGAACAACACAGAGGAGAACAGUUGGACUGACAGUGUAUGGGGAUUACCAUGGUUACUCAGCCAUGGCAAAGACAGUUGGGUAUCCUACAGCUAUUGCAACAGAGAUGAUAUUAAACGGUGAAAUUCAGAGAAAAGGUGUACAAUUUCCCAUGUCAAGAGACGUUUAUAAGCCAAUCUUACAAAGACUAAAAGCAGAGGGAAUCAAAGCAACUGAAAAGAUUCACACGUUGUAAAGUUUUGGUAGAUCUCACAACUGAAAUGAUUCACAUAUUGUAAAGUUUUGGUAGAUCUCACAACUGAAAAGAUUCAUACAUUGUAAAGUUUUGAUUGAUCUCAAUGAAGACAUAAAAUGAACCAAAUUAUGUGUAAUGUCAUGAUAUAAAAUGAAUCAAGUUAUGUGCAGUGUCAUCAGUUAACAUUAAGAGUGAGAGUGAUUAUGGAGUUGCUAGAAGAUAUCAAAAAAAUGUUUAAUAAAUUUGAUUUUGACAUUUCCACAGUUUGAAAUGGUCCAUACAAAUUUAAUGUUUUGUUUGUUGCAUGUGUGAGUGAAACUGUUUGAGAAAGAAAUUUAAUUCUUAGAGACACAUUUUUAAAGCUGCAUUCAAAUUGAACUCAAUGUAAACCAAUUAAAAAAUCAUUUAUCAAAAAUGAAAAGCAUAACAAUUGUUGAGAUACAGUUGUUAAAAAAAAUUUGAUAUUUAAAUAUUUUGUCAGACAUGAAAAUGAUAAAAAUGUUAAUAAGAUAUUUCUUGACGUUUUUUUGUCAAUAUUUCACUAUGCAGUACGUAAUUUUUGAAGUUGAAUUAUCAUGGAGCAUUCCUAAUGUUGUGAUUUUACUUGAUUAUUUUUUUUGAAAAAUUGGUAUUUAAUGACAUAUAGCUGAUUAAAAAAAAAGGAAAGGUUGGAUAGAAUGUUUAUCUAUAAAAUCAUGAAACCAAGAAGUUUUUUGUAGCAAAAAAUUGUGAUGCUAUAAUACUGUAACAACUAUCUGCAGUGUUUACCAUUGGUCUUUCCUGUAUAAUGCAGAAUUUUGAUAUUCAAUGUUAGCAAAGUAAAUAUAUUAGGAAAUUUUAUAUGUAUUGUGUGAAAAUAAUUGUGUCACCAAAGAUUGGAAAUGUUUAAUUUUUUGAAAAAAGGGCUUUUUAAAUGACUAACUUGUUAUGAAUCUUUUUUAAUUUUAUAAUCCCUGUUUUUUAUUUAUAAUCAAAAAUUGAUGAAAAUUAAAAUAACUAUUUCUGUGAUAUUGGUACUUUUUACAGUUUUGUCUUUUAUUGGCUUUGAACUUAUACCCAGGGUAAUCUGAAUAUUAUAUUAUUGUUAUCUCUUAGUGUUCGACUUUUUCUUCUUCGUUAACAUAUCAAAUUAUAUGUAUAUGUACACACAUAUUUAUACAUGAAAUUUAAAAACAGUAACAUUUUAUUUUUUAAUGAGAGUCUUGUAAUUUUUGU